AUGGCUUCUGCACAAAAGAAACAACUUCACUUUGUAGAAAGCUUUGGUCUGAGUGGUGCUGCAGCUAUCAUAUCUAAGACAGCUGCUGCCCCAAUUGAGAGAGUGAAACUUCUUGUACAGAAUCAAGAUGAAAUGCUCAAGGCAGGGCGACUUGAUACGCCUUAUAAGGGGGUCAUUGAUUGCACUGUUCGAACUUACAAAGCAGAAGGGUUUGCAUCCUUUUGGAGAGGUAAUGCUAGUUUGCAUUAAAAGUGAACAGAGUCAUAAAAGUUAAUAUAGUCAUAGAAUUCAUUGCUGUCUUUUCACACAUGGAGCAAUACCGUACCGUAAACCGUAUUUACUCAAAUAAGCGCCGCCUGCUAGUAAGUGCAGCAUUUAAGGUAUGAAAAAUUUCCUAAGCACAGCUGCACUAACUUAGGUAAAUAUGGCAUGCAUUUUAAAUUGAAAAUUCCUUACGUAUUAAGUCCCAAGGGGGCUUAUUUGUUUUCAUCACUGUUAAUUCUCACCAGUGAUGAAAUAACAUAUUAUAUAUAUGAUAUUAAUAAUAAUUUUUAUUUUUGUUAAUGUAACACUUCAUUUGCAGUUAUCCAGAGAAGGCGUGUGUUGAUCAAACUGGAAUUUUUCAAUUAUUAUUGGGUUGUGAAGAAUGUAUGGGAGUAAAGAGAGAGUUAGGGGACUUCCUUCUGGACUGUCAGUAAUCUGUUAUGCAGUUGUAGCUACAAACCCAACCAUCAAAGCAUUUCAUUUUUUUUUUUUUUUUUGAGGUAUAGAUAACAAAAAAUGAAGAGGGGCUUUGUUUGAGUUAGCAAAAACAGGCUCAGGAAAAUAUGAGAGAAAGGGGUUCAUGUUCUUGACCUGUAGUGACUGGAUCAUCUUCCAUUUCAGUAGCCCUGCCUUUGUUAUUUACUUAAAAGUUUGCCUUUUCUUUUUGAGGUCAGAAAACAAAAUAUGAAAAGAGGGCUGCUGAAGGCUUAUGUGAAAAUGAGCACUUGAGUUAUUUUUGCAAACUUAUAUUUCAACAUUAAGGUGUCAGUGACAAAAAUCCCGAGAUAUUGGGUUCACUUCCUAUGCUAUGUUUGUUUACCCCCCCCUCCACCCCCAAGUUAUGUGUGCUUUUGAACUCUUAAAUUCUGCUUUUCAGUGCAUCAUGCAUGCUUCUUGUCUUCUCUUUAUUUCAGGCAAUCUGGCCAACUGCAUCAGGUAUUUUCCAACCCAAGCUCUGAACUUUGCUUUCAAAGAUCAAAUCAAAGCUCUAUUCAAGCCAAAAAAGACUGAUAGUUAUGCCCUCAAAUUCAGCAAGAACAUUGCCUCAGGAGGGGCUGCAGGUGCCAUGUCAUUGAUGUUUGUUUACUCCCUUGAUUAUGCACGGACCCGGCUGGCUAAUGAUGCAAAAUCAGCUGGGAAAGGUGGAGAACGCCAGUUCAAUGGUCUCAUUGAUGUGUACCGUAAGACCCUUGCAAGUGAUGGUAUUGUUGGACUCUACCGAGGUUUUGUCAUAUCUUGCGUUGGCAUUAUUGUGUACCGUGGAUUCUACUUUGGUUUGUAUGACACCCUGAAGCCUCUUCUCCUGGGUGAUGAUGCUUCCUUGCUGCUCUCCUUCAUACUCGGUUAUGGAGUAACAGUAACUUCUGGUCUGGCAUCAUACCCAAUUGAUACCAUCCGGCGACGAAUGAUGAUGACAUCUGGCCAGGCAGUGAAGUACAAGGGAUCCAUCGAUUGUACCAUUCAGAUCUUGAAGAAUGAGGGUGCGAUGUCCAUGAUGAAGGGUGCUGGAGCUAACGUGCUGCGUGGAAUGGCUGGAGCGGGUGUCUUGGCUGGCUUUGACAAGUUCAAGGAAUUGUACAUCAGCUGGCGUUUUGAUGACUAG